CUCCUUGCACAUAAGGACAUCCAAGUCAAUGCCACCGACAGAUCUGGAAACACAGUAUUGCAUUUGGCUACAAAACAUCAAAUUGUCGAUGCAAUGAAACUGCUUAUUGCACAUCAGGAUAUCCAAGUUAAUAUCGUUAACCAAAGGGGCGAACCAGCAUUAUGUCUGGCUUUAAAGCAUGGAAAUAUAAACGCAAUAAAAGUACUGCUUGCACAUAAGGACAUCCAAGUUAAUGUCUUAAAUCAAUGUGGGAAUACAGCAUUGCAUCUAGCUGCAAAACAUCAAAUUAUCGACGCAAUAAAAGUACUCCUUGCACAUAAGGACAUCCAAGUCAAUGCCUUGAAUCAAUUUGGGAACACAACAUUGCAUCUGGCUGCAAAACAUCAAAUUAUCGACGCAAUUGAAGUGCUCCUUGCACAUAAGGAUAUCCAAGUUAAUGCCACGAAUGUAUACAAGGAUACAGCAUUGCAUCUAGCUGCAAAACAUCAAAGUCCCAACGUAAUUAAAGUGCUCCUUGCACAUAAGGAUAUCCAAGUUAAUGCCACGAAUAUAUAUGGGGAUACAGCAUUGCAUCUAGCUACAAAACAUCAAAGUUUCAACGUAAUUAAAGUGCUCCUUGCACAUAAGGAUAUCCAAGUCAAUGUCACGAAUAGAUCAGAGAAAACGGCAUUGCUCUUGGUUGUAGCUAAAGGUAGUAUUAAUACUUUGGAAAUGCUCCUCGCACAUAAGGAUAUCCAGGUCAAUGGCGCUGGCCAUCUCGGAAACACAGCAUUGCAUGUUGCAGUGAAAUGUCAAAAUAUCAAUGCAAUCCAAGUGCUUCUGGCACAUAAAGAUAUCGAGCUCAAUAUCGCCGACGCCUAUGGAAUCACAGCAUUGCACCUUGCGGUCGACAAAAAUGCAAUCGAGGUGGUCAGACUUCUACUUCGACAAAAUUCAAUCAACAUAAACGCUCGAGUAGGAUAUGCCUGGUCUGAUCUUCGCAACAAAACUGCCCUGGAGCUAGCCUUGCACCGUGGUUAUCAUGAAAUUGCCGACCUCCUAGUCGCGCAUGGAGCGGUUGUC